AUGAAAACUGCGCCUCAAGACUGGACAAGAGACACAGGCUCGGCAAUGGUGUCAAUUGGUACCCAUUGUCUGUAUACCUCAAUCAGUGGACCUCCCCGCACACCCGAAGAUCCACUCAUCGUGGUUCUCGCAGGCGCAGGAGAUGUCGCGUCCUCUUACACGGCCCUCUCACUCCUCGUAUCUUCGUUCUCUCGGAUCCUGUUCUACGAUCGUACCGGGCUCGGUCGCAGUGAGCCGAGAACGAGCUUAGCAAGAUCCAUACAUCUCGCGGCUACUACGGCCGUUACGGCCGCCGAGGAACUACACAGCCUUCUCGAAGCGACAAAUUUGCGCUCGCCGUUGGUUCUAGUCGCCCACUCUUACGGUGCUAUCGUUUCUCGCGAGUUUCUACAUCUGUACAAUGACGAGGUUGUCGGAAUCGUACUUGCGGAUGCCUCCACCGAGCGACAAUGUGACUAUUUUCAGCUUCCGGAUCCCAAUAUCAAUGCGGUGCUUGGGGAUCUCAAAGUGGCGCAGAUUACGGGUCUACGAGCAGACUCGAAACUUUCAAGAGAUGGAUGGAGAAAUCGAGCCAUCGAUAUUGCGCGCGGUGCAGCCGCAGCACAGGUCGAGGUUGAUUCGUAUGUGGGCGUUUGCCAUACACUUGCGGAUAAGAAGCAGUUUCAUAAUCGGGCGAUGGGGAAUCGCCCGGUAAGUGUGAUUCGCUGUAAUGGCGCUAGGGACUAUGAACGUAUCUACGAGAAGGGUGUUGAGGUGGGCAAUGGGACGCCACAGCAGCAACGAGCGUUCCGGGAUCUCCUGGAUCGAUGGGAGGCGAUAGACAGGGAGCUGAAGGAGGAACAGCUCCAACUGUCCACGACCACGCAUCUGGUGCAUAUACCAGAUUGUGGACAUAACGUGCAUUUGAUACGGCCGGAUAUAGUUGCGGGCGAGAUUCGAUGGGUAUUGGAUCAGCUACGGAGGCCGCGGGGCGAUGCGCUGAAACUAUGA